AUGCCGUUUAUUGACCUGCAGUCACAGCUGGGCAUCCACCUGGAUGCCUGGCUGCUGCUGCAUAGUGCAGAACAGCCUUACAAGCGGUCAGCACGCUGCCACACCUUCGAGAAGGAUUGGAGUGAGUGUGCUCACGGCAUCGGGCAAAUACACACCAAAAAACAAUGCAGACGUGACUAUGAGGACUUUAACGAGCGCUUGCACAGGCAAAAGACACUCCAGAGGUUGUAUCAGAUCCAUAAACAGCGUGAAAAGCUGGUGAAGGAGGGUUCCUACAUGCCCUCUGCCCACCAUUCAGGCAAACCAGAACAGUGAGCAUGAGAGGACACACAAUGUCCAUGCCACCAUCCUUUCGUGUAUAGAAGUUCAAAUGUCCCUCUGCCCUGUACACGUUUGCAAAUAAAUGUGAUUAUUGACCAA